CUCUCUAUCUGUGUUUCCUAGAGCAUUGUUUUUGUAUACAUUGGUUAAAGACCUUUGUUGCUCGGAAACAGUUACCAUCCAUGGCUGUCGGAGUUAUCAUAUCGAGUGGUUCAGGUGCCGAUUUUGAGGCCAAGAUCACUCCAAUCGUCAUCAUUUCAUGUAUUAUGGCUGCCACCGGUGGUCUUAUGUUCGGCUACGACGUUGGCGUUUCAGGUGGUGUGACGUCUAUGCCACCAUUCUUGAAGAAGUUUUUUCCAGUUGUAUAUAGAAGGACAGUGGAGGAGAAAGGGUUGGACAGUAAUUAUUGCAAAUACGACAACGAAGGAUUGCAGCUUUUCACGUCGUCUCUGUACCUCGCUGGUUUAACUGCCACGUUCUUCGCCUCUUACACCACUCGUAAGUUGGGAAGAAGGCUUACCAUGUUGAUUUCUGGCUUCUUCUUCAUCGGAGGAGUUGUCUUUAAUGUUGCUGCUCAAAACCUUGCCAUGCUCAUCGUUGGUAGGAUCUUACUUGGAUGUGGAGUCGGUUUUGCUAACCAGGCCGUGCCAGUGUUCCUUUCUGAGAUCGCUCCUUCAAGAAUACGUGGAGCGUUGAAUAUAUUGUUCCAGCUCAAUGUCACCAUCGGCAUUCUAUUCGCUAACCUUGUCAACUAUGGCACCAACAAAAUCAAAGGUGGUUGGGGUUGGAGGCUGUCUCUAGGAUUGGCUGGUAUCCCAGCAAUUCUCAUCACAGUGGGAGCUCUCUUGGUAGUGGACACCCCUAACAGUCUCAUUGAGCGUGGUCGCUUGGAAGAAGGUAAAGCCGUGCUGAGAAAGAUUCGUGGUACUGACAACAUUGAACCUGAGUUCUUGGAGCUUGUUGAGGCAAGUCGUAUUGCUAAAGAAGUGAAACAUCCAUUCAGGAAUCUUCUCAAGCGUAGGAACCGACCCCAAAUUAUUAUUUCCAUUGCCUUGCAGAUCUUCCAGCAAUUCACGGGCAUCAAUGCGAUCAUGUUUUAUGCUCCAGUGCUGUUCAACACUUUGGGAUUCAAGAAUGAUGCUUCUCUGUAUUCUGCUGUGAUUACUGGGGCUGUUAAUGUGCUCUCAACUAUUGUCUCAAUCUACUCGGUGGACAAAAUUGGACGUCGCAUGCUCUUACUGGAAGCUGGUGUGCAGAUGUUCUUGUCUCAAGUGGUGAUAGCAAUCAUAUUGGGAAUAAAAGUGAAGGACCAUUCUGAUGACCUUUCAAAAGGUUUUGCGGUGUUGGUGGUUGUUAUGGUGUGUACUUUUGUGUCUUCCUUUGCUUGGUCUUGGGGUCCUCUUGGUUGGUUGAUACCCAGUGAGACAUUCCCAUUGGAGACUCGCUCUGCUGGGCAGAGUAUCACCGUUUGUGUCAACUUGCUAUUCACCUUCGUCAUUGCACAGGCCUUCCUCUCUAUGUUGUGCCACUUCAAGUUUGGCAUCUUCUUGUUCUUCUCUGGCUGGGUCUUGAUCAUGUCUUUCUUCGUGCUUUUCCUGUUACCCGAGACAAAGAAUAUCCCCAUUGAAGAGAUGACAGAGAGAGUAUGGAAGCAGCAUUGGUUCUGGAAGAGGUACAUUGAAGAUGAUUAUGCUGCUGAUGAGAAAGUAGCCAAUCACCCUAAGCUAGAUAAUGGAUUUGAUCUGGCUUCCCAGUUAUAAAUUAUAUGUCUUCCGGCAAUAUUAGGGAUUCUGGAAAUAUUUUGGUUUGUCAAAUUAUCGAGUAUUUUAGGAUUUUGAUUACAUGCUAAGAAUUUGUCUUUUUAUCUCCAUAAAAAAAAAACAGAAUUGUUUGUCUUUGGAAGAAAUAAUAUAUAUAUUGAUUUCCAGC